CACUGUCACAAUCACAAUCUGUUAGUCGUAGAUCAGACAUGGCUUCGGAACUGUUGUUUGUACCUUUUAAAAAAGGGUCUGAUGUAGAUAUUAUUAAACCGCUGAGAAACUUGAUAAACUCGACAUACAAUACCAGUGACCAACAUGAAGAUUAUACAGAUGCCCUUAACGAGCUUAGCCGAUUGAGAGCAAAUGCAAUUUGGAAAGUAUUCGAGAAAACGUCGCUGGAGGUUAUCUACAAUUACUAUGACCAGCUGGCUUCUCUGGAGGCCAAGAUUCCGCCUCAGGAGGUGCAGAUUCCCUUCAAGUGGAAAGAUGCUUUUGACAAGGGCUCCUUGUUUGGAGGGAGGAUGAGCUUGACAAUUAGCUCCCUGGCAUAUGAGCGCAUGUGCAUCCUGUUCAAUAUGGGUGCAAUGCAGAGCCUGAUCGCAUCACAGCAGACAGUGGAGACUGAAGAGUCCCUCAAGCAAGCAGCUAAGCUCUUUCAGCAAGCCGCGGGCGUUUUCGCCUACCUGAAGGCGAAUAUCAUGAUGGCGGUGCACCAGGAGACCACGCCCGACCUCAACCCCGACACCCUGGACGCGCUCGCCAAGCUCAUGCUGGCGCAGGCGCAGGAGGUCAUCGCCUACAAGUGCAUCCGCGACGAGAUGAAGGAGAGCAUGGUGGCCAAGGUCUGUGCGCACUGCGACGAGCUGUACACGGACGCCCUGCGCGCCAUGAACAAGGAGCAGCUCAAGGCGCUGUGGGACCGGGACUGGCUGCAUGUGAUGACGUCCAAGCAAGCGGCGUUCCGCGGGCUGGCGCAGCUGUACCAGAGCCAGGUCUGCCACGCUAACAAGGCUGUGGGCGAGGAGAUCGCGCGCCUCCAACUGGCAGAGGAACAACUGCGCCUCGCCACCCAGCGCGCGCCCUGUAUGCUUGCACAUGCGAUAUGUGUGAAUUAA